CAUGUAAACACUUUACGCAGGGCUUAAACACCCGCAGCGUGACGCAGUUCCACUACACGGCAUGGCCAUACGGCGAAAUGCCGCUGUGCACCGACUCGCUGGAGUCGUUCAUCGCAGCGGUCCGCGCCUACCGGCCUGACGACACUCAUCCAGUCAUGGUCCACAGCAGGUUCGGUGUUGGCAGAACUGGCACAUUUAUCCUCAUAGACAGCGCAAUCUCUCAGUCUGAGGCAGAAGGGGAAGUGGACUGUUUGAGACAGCUUCAUUCCAUGCGGCACAGCAGGAUGAACAUGGUGGAAACUCAGGAGCAGUACAUCGCCGCGCACAAGGUAUUGGUUAACAUGGCUUGUUCAAAGAGCAGAAAGUUGACAAUCGAGGAGUUCUUGAAAUUGUACCAAAACUUGAAAGCGACACAUCCAGCCACUGGGAAAUCUCCGAUGUGCAAGGAAUUUGAGGAAUUGAGCCGAAUGCGCCCACACCCCGACGCCUCGGAAUACAAAGGCGCAAGGGACGAGCGCAAUGCCGGCAAGAACAGAUCGCAGAAGAUAUUGGCUGCCGACAGCAAGAGGCCUCUGCUGAAUGUGACCAUGGACCACAGCAAGACGGAUUACAUCAACGCCGUGUAUGUCGAUGGUUUUAGGAAACCCAACGCCUUUCUCGUAACACAGAUGCCUUUGAACGAGACGAUGGACGACUUCUGGGAAAUGGUGGCCUCCUCUGGCUCUUUAACAGUGGUUACAUUGGGACCACUGCCAGACCAGACAACCCCGAUGUUUUGGCCAGAUCUCAACAGCACUUCCAAGCAUGGGAAAAUUACAGUAGAGCACCGAGAGAGCACAGGGUUUCCAGGCUUGGUAGUGCGCAGCUUCAACAUCUGUCAAGGCAAGAAUCCGUCGCGGAUGUUGAAGCAGUUCCAUUGUCCCACAUGGAGGCGUCUUGAAAGGGUUCCUGGCUCGCAUGACAUCGUGUUGGACAUGCUUCGCCGCGUGGACACGUGGCAAAUGCUUGCCGAGGGGGCACCUGUCAUUGUUCAAUGCCUCGAUGGGUGCCAAGAGUGUGGUUUGUACUGCGUCUUGUCCAGCGUAUGCGAGCAGCUGAAGCUUGAACACGAAGUGGACGUUUUUCGCUGCGUGCAGCGAGUUCGGGCAAGCCGACCGGAGUUCAUCGUCAGUGUGGAUCAGUAUGCCUUCUGCUACGAAGUUGCGCAACGAUUCAUUGACUCUUUCGGUUCCUACUCCAAUUUCACCGGCUAACAUUUUGAUUGAAGUUGUUCCUAUAGAUGUGUUAAGCUACAGUGCAGGAAAGCACCUUCACACCUUUAGCCCUCAAUAUAGACACCGUGGUAGCUGCAAUAUGGUUUGUUUGCGUAGCAGAAAUGUAUCGCAGUGGCAACUGUACGAAUAGUGUUGACUUUGUGUGCAUAAAGAUUCUUC